AUCCAUUACUUUGCGAAUAAUUUUAGGAAAAUGUACGUUCAAUCCGAGCCGUACGAGGAGGAACUGACCUGCAUGGGAGUGUUCCGGAGAGACAGCAAACUCGUGGUCGGCUCGUCAAAAGGCAACUUUUACACAUUCAACUGGGGACAGUUUGGAUAUCAUUGUGACGCUUUCAUUGGUCCAAAGGCGGGUGUCAACAAGAUGGUCCCCAUCACGGAACGGAUAGCGGUUACCGGCGGCGAAGAUGGCAUUCUGCGGGCAAUGCACUUGGUACCGGGACGAGUGCUCGGCAUAGUCGGUCAGCACUCGUUGGCGGUCGAGACAAUGGAUAUCAACAGCACCGGAGAGCUGAUCGCUUCCAGCUCGCAUGACAAUGAUAUCCGCUUCUGGAAUAUCAAGUAUUUCGAAGAAUUUGACGACAUCAAGUACAACAGCAAACCGGACAAGAAAGCGAUGACCCACAAUCUACCGUCGUCGAAACAAACUAACGCGGCGGAUUUCUUCUCCGGGUUGGCCGGGGACCAGAGUGGGGCCGAAGGCGAUUGAAGACAUACGUGGAGUGUGGAGUUUUCGGUUACUAAUACAAUGUAAUCGACUAUUUCGGUUAUUCGGUCUCAUCGAAGGUAAGUUUGUCAUAUUCUUAUUUGAACAGUAAGUGUUCAGCGCAUAUUGUCUAUAUAUUUUCCGUGAUGAAAGGUUGUUAAAAGUUAAAGUACGAAAAGAAAAGAGAAACAGUCAUUGAUCCGAACGCUCCUUAGAAGCAACGAUAUUCUAUAAUAAAAAAAAAUCAAGAUUUUGCAUUCAGGUGCAAACUGUAUGCAAUAGUUUCAAA